CUUCACAUGGGUAGACUGAAGCUACUGGCUGAGAAGAGAAGAUAAUUCGGCAGCAGUUAUUAUCAUCGUCACCAUCAGCGUCACCAUGAAGAUGCUGACUGUGUGUGCACUUCUUUGUGCCAUGAUGGCUCUGGCUACAGCUCAAUCUCCUCCAGACGCAAAGUCCCAAAUUGACAAAUCAUCAAAGGCCGACCUGGUCAAGAGAUCUGCAUGUCCCUAUGGUUGGACUCGGAUCUUUCGCCGCUGUUUCCGCUACAUGUCAACACCAAAGCGUUGGGCUCGAGCUGAGCAACAUUGUCAGCGUCUGGGUGGAAACCUUGCAUCCAUACAUAGCCCUAAGCAGUAUCGUAAGACUCAAGCGAUGAUCUCGUCGCUCACUCGUCGGACCGUAGGACUAUGGAUCGGAGGCUCUGAUGCACAAGAGGAGAAAACUUGGCUGUGGAGUGAUGGUAAAGAAUUCAAGUAUGAGAACUGGUGCCCUGGACAGCCCAAUAAUCAGAGGGACAAGCAGCACUGCUUAGCAAUGAAUUAUUCAGUAUAUGACUUCACACGGGAAGAAGGUUCACUACAAUCUUCAUUACCUGCUCUAUUAAGUGUCUCUACAAUAUCUGUCUCUAUCUUUAUCAUCAUCUUUACCGUGAAGAUGCUGUCUGUGUCUCUACUUGUUUGUGCCAUGAUGGCGUCGAUCAGAGAUGCUGAAGCAACAACUGGAAAUAAUUCUUGUGGUACUUGGACUGAGAUCAAGGAUCGCUGUUUCCACUUUGUUCCAACACUCAUGAAAUGGGCUAAGGCUGAGAAAAACUGCCAGGUCAUGGGUGCAAACCUUGCAUCCAUACGUAGCAUUGAGGAGUACCAUGAGAUUCAGCUGAUGGUGAAGACGAAGACUCAUUACCAAAAACCAGUAUGGGUUGGAGGCUUUGAUGCACCACAGAGCGGGGUCUGGCUCUGGUCUGAUGGUUCAACUUUCCAGUUUACGCUCUGGUGUCCUGGACAGCCUUCUAGUUGGUGGAGCCAGCACUGCUUACAGAUUAAUUAUGGAGAGGGAAAGUGCUGGGAUAAUACAAAGUGUAAUACUAGACUUCCAUCUAUCUGCACCAAGAAACCAUAACGUCUCCUUGGAUGAAAGAGGCUGAGGAGGUACCUUUGCAUAGGAGCUGGUUCAUAUAUAUCAUAAAGGCUCUGGAGCUAAUUUUCUCAUCUUUAUUUCUUUGCUGUAACGCGGCUUAAAGUUCAAUACGACAAGUGAUAUAAACAGGAGCUGCAGGCCUUGUGCCUUUGAUCAGAGUACAUCGAAUGUGUUUAGAAAGUAAUGCUUUUAGCAAAAC